AUGUCCACAACACUAGACCAACAAAAAGAGGCCGCCUACACCCUGCUCUCUGGUAUGCUCACAAGCGUCCUACAAAAAGAGUGGAAAAUAACAAACCGCCAUUCGGCACAGUCGUCCGCCCUCCUCGACAUACUACUCCUCCCCAAACCAGCCCCAAUCCCAACCCUAACUCCCAUCGCCCCCACCCCCAUUAAGCUUCAGAAACAAAGCAUCUUCCGCCUAGGCAACCGCACAUUCGACCUCGGCCCCGAACACGACUCCUCCGCCAGUUCCUCCGACGAUGAUAAUGAUGUUGCUCCGAUCCGGAAUGCGCGUCAGCUUAAGAGCGAGAUGCGCAGAGUUGAUGCAAUUCAGAGAAGGGCGAAAAGGAGGGCAGAGAGGGGGAGGAGGAGGAUUGAGAUGCAUCUUGGGAAGGUGGAGGGGGUGGUGGAGUUCGAGACUUUGCAGACUACGAAGAGUGGUGCGGAGACACCGGUGAGGAUGGUGAAGGAGCUGGAGGACUACAAUAGUCCCGCGCGUAGCAGUCCGCUCAGCUCUGCGCCCAUGUCGCCUCGAAGCGCUUCGUUCAGCCCGGUGUCCAGCGAGCCCAACCAGGAGGUUGCCGAAUACGACGGUGUCGACAGCCCUAUGUCUGAGCCUGUACAGGUACCCGGGCGACUACAAGGGUAUUCUUGUAAACCCUGCGACUUCACAACACGCUAUGUCUCCAGCUGGACACGGCAUUUCCAAGGCCAACCGCACCUGAAUCAGGUAGCGAGGAGCCGACCACGCAAGGAGCCAACCAUGAAAAUGGUCAAGAAGGCAGUCGACAAGAGACCGCAGCGCUACUGCAGCGACUGCGACCGCACGUAUUUGAUGUCCAGCUGGGGCUGCCAUAUAAGAGGCCGUAUGCAUCUGGACAAUGUUGUGAGGGAUAAGCGAGCCCCUCCGGUACAAGGCAAAAAGACCAGCCAGCAGUAUGCGCGCGGACUGGAGAAGUUUUGCGAGGUUUGCGAUUAUAGGACUAGCACCUAUAGUCAUUGGAUUCGGCACUUGAAGUGUCAGAAGCAUUUGGCAAACAUGGCCAAGGCCAAGGAUGAUGCGGAGGACAUCCACCUUCAUGCGCCGACACCAGAGUCUGUGCUGCUGUCCGUGGAAGAGGAAGAGCAGAAAGAAGAAGAAGAGGAAGAGUAUGAAGAUGACGGCUUCGGCGAAGAAGGAUACGAAUAUGGUCACUAUUGCGAUGACUGCGAGGUCACGUUCGCUGGUGCGAACUGGGCGCGGCAUUUGACUUCGGCAGGCCACGUGUUUAAUGUCAUUAAAAACUCUCCCGGGGAUGAGGAUAUGACGUCCGAUGAUGAAGAGGAGGACGAAGAGGAGGAGGAGGAAAGCAUGGCAGACUACGAUUCUGCCACUGAUGGGGAGAGCAUUAUCUACGAUGAUGCCACGGAUGAGGAUUCUGCGUCGCCCUCGCCCUCGCCAUCAUCUUCACCCUCGGCGGAGGAAGACGAGGCCGUAUUCAAUGAGGGAAUCACAUUCUCCCACGACGGCACACCGGUUGCCGACCUCGCCUCGCCCCCUUCCCUCACAUCUUCGCCCACCUCUCCCGCUUCCCUCCUUUCCCCGCCUCCUUUCUCUCCCGCUAGUGCGGAAUUUACUUCGGGAGUGAAUUUCUACUGCGAGACCUGCAGGGUCACUAUCUUGUCUGCGGAUCCCUGGGAGAUUGAUGAGCAUAUCGCCGAUCACGCAUAUGCAGCUUGCGAGAAGGAAGAGGUGGUGGGGAUGGAUUGGUUAAGUCAGCUGAGGGAGGCUGCUGGGUGGGUGAAGGAGGUGGAGGUGGAGGUGGAUGAUAUGGAGGGGGUAGAGGAAGUGAAGCAGGGUGGCAUGGAAUGCGAAUACAAUGGCGUCGGUGUAGUCUACUAG